AUGGAUCCUUACGUUUUCCCCGACUCGCCAGAAAUGCAAGCGUUCAAAGAUCUCUUCAAGCAGCGCAAUUUGAUCGAGCACAUUCGUCAGUACAACGCUCAGUUUAACUUCACUUCCAUUGGAACCGACGAGGUCAGGUACAGCGGCAGAGGUCCCAAUACGUAUUGCAUUCAACGCCAGCUGACCCACAACAUUGGUCCAUUGCAACCCAGCCUGAACAGAAGCGGAAACCUGCGGCAACCAAGUUUUGCCCAAAUCUACAUGCACACCAGCGAGGAGCAACUUCUACACCGACGAAACAUGUUUCCGGCGAUCAGUUCGCGGUACACUGCCACGGUACAGCGAGUGAUGGAUCUCCACAACCCAUUGGCCAGCGCGUAUGCAACUACCAAAGAACGUUUGCGUCGAGCGGAAGCGGACGGGACAUCGGGGGGCAAUCUUCAUAUUGUCCUGAAGGCUGUUGGUGGCGCGCAGGCUCGAACACACAACUUGCCCACCGUGGCUCAGCUUGCGGUUAUCAUGGAGGGAGACGGCAGCGAACCGACAGAUGGUCGUCACGUGAGAUCAUUGUCCCUCCGUGCGGUUUUCAACUACUGGCUUCAAGAACGAGACGGCGGCGACUUCUCCGACAUGCUGCACCGAUCCCCCAUGCUGUUGAAGAUGUACACUACGGUCGGCUUCGUUCUUCGCAUGGAAACCAACAGGCUGCGCUACAUUUUGCAGAACGGAGACAAGUUGCGAUUCGAUUUGUACACAAGAGUAAAGCAGGCCGCCGAGAGACGUUCAGGGCUCCACAACGUCGGCAUCAAGUCCAUCGUGCCUUCAAGCUUUACUGGCGGCAAACGUUACAUGAAGAAAUGCUACUUCAACGCCACGGCAAUUGUGCGCAAGUACGGGAAGCCAUAUCUCUUCGUCACCAUGACGUGCAACCCCAAUUGGCUGGAGAUCAUCAGUCAACUCAAGCCCCAUCAAACGUCAGCUGAACGCGAUGACAUUGUCACAUGUGUGUUUGAGACGAAGCUAACGUAUUUCGAGGACGACAUUCACAAGAAACACGUCCUUGGCAAGGUUGUCGCAUCCGUGCAUGUUGAAGAGACCGUCGAAGACAUCAACUCUGUGGUAUUCGCGCGCAUCCCAGACGAGAUCAAGAACCCCCAGCUACACGAGUCAGCGAAGAACUUCAUGAUCCAUACGUGCACGCAUGUGCAAUACGACGACAAUGGACAGCCGAUUCCAAGUGCGAGGGCUUGCACCCACAAGACUGGCAAGUGCAAGAAAGGCUUUCCCCAGCCCCUGCAAGCUACCACAACCGAAAGGGUCGAUGGGUAUGCCAAGUACCGUCGCGACACGGCCGCAGACCAGUAUUGUGUGCCACACAGCCCGUACUUGGUGCACAAGUACAACUGCCACAUCAACGUCGAGAUUUGCACAAGCAUCAAGGCCGUCAAGUAUCUGUACAAGUACGUGUACAAGGGCAGCGAUCGUAUCAAGUACGCUGUCUUCACCGACCAGGAACGCCAGCCCAUGCUUGACGAAGCACGGGAGUACGUUGAAGGACGCUACGUGACCUCCCUCGAAGCUAUCACACGCACCCGCUGCUACGACCUGCAAAGGAUGUCCCACGCUGUCGAAGUAUUGCCCGUGCACGAGAAAGAUCAACAGCAUUGCACCUACGACGAAACCCACGACGCAAAAUCGGUCGUUGCCAGGAACCAAAAGACCAAGUUGAUCUCCUUCUUCCUCGCUUGUGUGCAAGGCUUGACCGGGAUCGACGGGCGUUCCUGCAAAGAACUCCCUAACCACAUCAAGGUCAUUGGCCGCAUUGAUUCGGUCAGUCCGCGUCAAAAGGAGCGGUUCUACAUUCGAACCCUGCUUUGCCAUAAGUAUGGACCAACUUCCUUCGAAGAUCUGCGCACAGUUCACGGAACUCUGUAUUCAACGUACGAAGAAGCUGCACUGUCCAUGGGCCUGUUGGAAAACGACGAAGUGUAUGUGGUAUGUAUUCGACAAGCCACGUUGGACUGCAUGGACGGACAGCUGCACGAACUGUUUGCCAACAUCUUGGUGCAUUGCCUUCCAGCGAACACGCGAGCUCUGUUUGAUCAAUUCAAAUCAGAUUUCCUGGACAAGCAGCUUCGGGACCUGCGCCGCUGCAACGAAGCACUCCCACAGCCGCUCAGUGACGACAUGAUGCUUGGCAAGGCGAUGUUCUACACACUCAAGAGCAUCGACAACUGCUUCCAACACCAUCGGAUGAGCCUUUUGGACUACCCGACGUUACCUCAACUUCACGAAUUCGAAGUAUUCGGAGACUUGGGCGAACGGCAACUACUGAACGAUCUAAGAAGUUGGCUUUAUGUCAUUGAAACGUCGUACACGCGUGCAGCCCUCGACGACGUGUUGGCCACUGCUGCGACCAUGACUGACGAGCACAGGUCCUUUGUGGCCACCGUUUUGGCCCAAACAUACGACCACGCAUCAGGCAAGGCGUACUUCCUCCAAGGCGAAGGAGGCUCAGGAAAGUCGUACGUCUCUCAAAUCCUGUUGGCAAAAGUGCGCGACAAAGGGGACAUCGCGCUUGCUGUGGCAUCGUUUGGGCUGGUAGCUUUGCUGCUUAUGGGCGGCACAACGGCACAUUCGCGAUUCAAAAUCCCCGUCACCAACCUCAACGACAAGUCCCUAUGCCAUAUUCCAAAGCAGUCGUCAUUGGCAAAGAUCAUUCGAGACACCAAGCUCAUUGCCGUCGACCGUUCCCUUCGCGACAUCAUGGACAACCCCACAGCCCUCUUUGGUGACAAGGUUGUUGUUUUCUCGGGCGAUUUCAAGCCAAUCCUGCCAAUCAUUCUACGCGGCACACCAUCGGCCACUGUGGAGGCCUCCUUCAGACGCAGCAGCAUUUGGAACGACGUGAAAAUUGUCAAGCUAGCAAAGAACAUGCGGCUGCGUGGUGGAUCAGACGACGGAAGUAUCGAGGAAUGGGCCAAGACGUUGGUUGACAUUGGAAACGGAACGAACUGGGAAACCGACCACGACCUGAACGCGUACAUCGACCAAAUCUAUGGCAACAUCAAUAACCCGGCCAACCCCCCGGAAAACGUUGGGGUCGAUGAAUACAACGCCAAAGUGCUGCGCAAGAUGAACAGUUCUGCCAUGUUCACUUGCCUCUCAGUCGAUUCAGUCGAGCAAGAAGGCGAGGAUGUUGACGACACGGCCAUGGAAUUUCAAGUUCCUGAAUUCCAUCAACAUAUCCGGCUUGCCACCGCACAAGCUCGAGUUCAAGUUCAGCUGACGACAUACGUAAUCGGCCGUCCCAGUUACCACCACUGUCAAGCCAGUGGUCACCUCGACCACAACGAAGACAGUGGAGACGAAGACUACGGGCGGUGUGACGACUGCGAUAAGUCCUUGAACAUUCCUCCGACGAGGAAACGCCAACGAACGCCGAAGAACGAGCACGGUCGCGACACUCGGCGCACCGUUGAGACCCGUUCAGAUCUCCCCGACGACGACAGCCACCUGCUGUCGACGAGUGGCAACCGCCACGUGGUGGAUGGCGCUUCAGUGCCGUUGCCAGCCGACUACGACCCUUCGGAUGUCCGUGACGAUAUGGACAUGGGCAGCGUUGGCGGUUACGGCCAUACGGCACCACAAGUUUGGAACUCGCCAGCGAUCCCGCAGCCACCGACAUUUUCGAUCUCAACCAAGGCCGAAAGACGCGCUUUUAUGCGCGAGUACCAGAAGUAA